GUUGAAAGGUUCGGGCCGAGGAUCAGGGAAGAAGCGUCCGGCGAGGGUUAAGGCCAGACGUUCUUUGGUCCUACUACAACCGCAGUUGGAGCAGAAGAUUGCAGAGGUGGUAACGAGGAGCAGCAGACGGUGGGGAGGGCGGAGACAAAGGCCCGCAAGGAACGUGAGAUCGCCGAGGCUGAGCGUGCAAUAACGGCGAGCACUACGCCGGGAGUUCGUUCUCGGCGGCGAGUCAAGAUGGGAAGAGACCACGAGCAGUUGCCGAUAGUGACGGAAGCAAGAGAAAGAGGAAGCCGCGCGCGAAGGUAUGGGUCACCACUACUCCCGGCGAGCCAUGUAACCUGUGCCCACGGGGGGAGCAAUUGGCAGGAGAGAAACUGUAGAGUAUGCUGCAUGUCACAGGUCGGCAGAUGAGAAGGGCUUCACGCACAUCGCCAAUCGCAGUUCUACGGCUAGAGAUCUCUGCGACGGACUCCGAUUUCCAGGGUUGGAUUCCCGACGACGACGAUUGGGUGCGCCUUUUUGUCCUCGUCUACCUGCUUGCUGGUUGCGACUUCCUGCCUGCCAUAUCGGGCCUGCCUUUCGGGACCAUGUGGGCUCUUACUCUGAAGAGCGUGCGGACGGAGGGUGUGUUUCGCACGUCUCUCUGCGUGCGCGAGGGUGGGGCAUGGGGCGUCAAGAUCGACGAGUGCAUCAAGUUGUUGGCGACCAUAUUCUACUUUAAGUAUGAAGCUGCCUUUGCUCGUGGUGGGCAGGAGCCCGGCUGGAUUUUCCGCACAGACAAUGGCGAUGUCGCACAUUACAUCGACGUCAUCCGGAUGCUCACCCUCAGGAGUGGUUCAAAGAAGGCUACAUCAACGUGCCCUUGUUCGAGUCCAUGCGCCAGCAGAGCGAGCGAAGCCAUCAGGUGCUUGGGUACUGGCGAGAUGGCUGUUUAGACGUGGUACCAGUACGAGACUUCAACGGCAAGGGAUGGGGGAUCGACCCGAAAACGCGGGGGACCAGCCCGGAGCACAUGACAGCGGAAAAUCGCGUGGUAUGGCUGUCUGAGUAUUCUUACGUUGGCACCGACAACAAGACGCAAACGGAGAAAUGUGGUUGCAAAUCGGCCCCGGGAAAGAAGAGUCUCUGCGUGAGGUGCGGCUGUCGAAAAACAGGAAGGAAAUGCUAGCUGGCAUUGGUGUGCAGGGCCACCUGUGGACUGAUUCGCGCGGCGGAACCCGAGGCUCGGAUCGCUGCUGUUACAUCCAGCGUUCCUGCUGCGCCCACUGUUCCUGCUACACCCUCCAUUCCUGCAACAUCUGCCAUCGUAGCCGGAGCCCUGCGUUCUCUUUUGGCGGGACCGAAGAACGAGGACGGGGAGGAGGAGGAGGAGGAGCAGGAGGAGGAGGAGGAGCAGGAGGAAAACGAAGGGAGGGAUGAAAUCCCAAAGUGGGAAUCCGAUGCGUUCGACUACAGCGAUGCAUUCAGCGACUGGGGAUCAGACACGUCGGAGGGCGGGCCGGAUGUAGGGUGGGGAAAUGCGGGUGGGGGGCCGAAGGUCCAUGGGGGGCGGCAGGAGCUGACUGGUUCUGAGGGUUCAAGAGUCGCUUUGAGUUGUGCACCUGGUUCCGUGUGUACUUACCAACUUCUCGACCAUAAACUGAGGGUGCGGCAGGGAUUUGCGUGAUUGUGGCCCGAUUUCAUCGUAUGAGAACGUACUACGGCGUGCAGAACGCCGACGUAAAUCCCACCCAGGUGACCUUAGUCCACAUUAACCAACCCCCAUGUUUACCGCCUGCGCUUUCCGUUGUUUGCCUUUCUUUGCUGCUUUUGCUUGUGUGUGACAAAAUGGUGGCAGUGACGACGACAGGUUCCUCCGUGCUAAAAAGCGUACAGUGAAGAAGGAGGAGGCCUUGGAGAAUAGGGUUUGGG